AUUGCCUUACUUUAUCUUAUUUAUUGCCUUUUGUGGUUAAAAUCGUAUAUUGUAAGACUACUAAUUCGUCAAUAACGCGGAACUCUCCAUCUCUCUCUCUCUCUCUUUUUCGCUCAACUUCUGUCUUUCACAGCACCGCCAUUGAAGUGAGAGUAGGAAGGAGCUUCCUGCUUUCACCUGUUAUGCCUCCACCCAUUCAUCACGGACCUCCUCCGGUGAGGCAUCAGCAAACGUAUUACCGGAGCUACUCCUCCUCCUCAUCAGCAUCUCUCAAGGGAUGCUGCUGCUGCCUCUUCCUCCUCCUCGCUUUCCUAGCGCUUGUGGUACUCGCGGUGGUGCUGAUCGUGGUGCUAGCGUUGAAGCCGAAGAAACCACAGUUCGAUCUGCAGCAAGUGGCAGUGAUGAACAUGGGAAUCACAUCCCCGGAUAAUCCCAACCCUAGCGUUAUGGAUCCAACCACCGCCUCCCUCUCCUUCACAAUCCGCCUGCUCUUCACCGCCGGUAACCCGAACAAAGUUGGGAUCAGGUACGGCGAGUCCAGCUUCACGGUGAUGUACAAAGGCUUGCCACUGGGGAGAGCGACGGUGCCUGGAUUCUACCAGGACGCGCACAGCACGAGGAACGUGGAGGCGACCAUUGCUGUAGAUAGAGUGAAUCUUAUGCAAGGCAACGCGGCCGAUCUAGUCAAAGAGGCUUCGUUAAACGACCGAGUCGAGCUCACUGUUAAAGGAGACGUUAGUGCUAAGAUCCGAGUCAUGAACUUCGAUUCCCCAGGCGUUCAGGUAUCAGUGAAUUGCGGGAUAGGCAUUAGUCCGAGGAAGCAGGCUCUGAUUUACAAGCAAUGUGGCUUUGAUGGCCUCACCGUUUAAUUCCCUAAUCAUAACAUAUCUUCUUUUAAAAUUCUACUGACCACUCCCUAAAAUGUUGCGGAAUUGCGAAAAAAGGUUAAACUAAUAAAGAAACGGAACAGGAUCCAUAUCAGAUUUUUUUUUCUUUCUACAAGCCAUAUUUGAAGUAGCAACAAUGUUUGUUUACCAAAGUCACUAAUCACUUCAGUAAUUAAUAAUUACUCCCGUUGUAAUCC